AUGUCUUACCAAACACCACCAGCCUAUUCCCCAAUGUCUUUUUCUUCUUCAGCAUCUCCUUCAUCCUCAGACACAAACACAGGAGCGAGCGCACCACGAACCAAGCGCGCCCGCGUAUCCGCAGAACACACCCUAAACCGCGUGCGAGAAAACCAACGACGACACCGUGCCCGCCAACGCGACCACGUCGCUUCACUGGAACUCAAGCUGGCCGAGACAGAAAGACUACUAGUAGAAGCAAGAGCAGAAAUCGCCUUACUCCGACAACAAGCCGCAGAAAGAGACGCAUACGGCGAUGGAAACAUGGAAAGUGGAAUAUUAGAAAAAGACAUGAUAUCCAUCACGCCACCACUAUCGACUCAAAACCAAACCGCACUAUUCCUCAUCCCGGCACAAAACGACAACAUCAACACCAGCAACACACCCCUCUCCCUCGCCAACCCAACCCCAACCCCAACCCCAACCGCCGGACCCCCACCCUGCUGCUCCGACCCCCCAACCACCACAACUCCCCAACCCACAUCCCCCUCCGACCCCGAAUGCACAACCUGUAAAACGCGGCCCCCACCUUCUCCAACGGAAAGUACUACGCUCUGCGCACAAGCGUACGUAUUGAUUCGGCAGCAAAACUUUAGGAAUCUGGAUCCGCAGUCGAUUCGGGUGUGGUUGGCGCAGGGGUUGCGGCGGGCGCAGAGGGAAGGGGAGGGGUGUAGGGUUGAGAAUGGGGCGUUGUUGCGGUUGUUGGAUUUUAUUAGUGGUGUUUAG